AUGAAGGCCAACGUCGACACCGUUCUCUUAGGCUCCAAGGUUGUCUUGGUUCCGUACAGGUCCGAGCAUGUUCCUAAGUACCACGAAUGGAUGCUCAACGAGGAAUUGAGGAUGCUGACUGCGAGCGAGCCGUUGUCUCUUGAGGAGGAGUACGAGAUGCAACAGAAAUGGCAGGUCGACGAAGAUAAAUUGACGUUUAUCAUUCUUUCGCGAGAACCUGGCGUGUUGGCAGACGAUGCGGGCAAAGUGUUGCCUACAAACGAGAGGUUGGCGAAGCUUCCGAUGGUUGGAGACGUCAACAUCUUUAUGUAUGGGACAAUUCCUUCGCAAGAACAAAGUUCAAGCGUCGCACUGACGGACGAGGAGGAGGAGGAGGGUUUCUAUGCCGAGGUCGAGAUUAUGAUUGCUGAACCCUCAUUCCGACGGAAAGGCCUCGCGAUCGAAGCACUUCAGCUCAUGCUUGGGUAUACGACUGGAUACCCUGAGGCAUUCUCGACCCAGUUUCCUUCUUCCUCUCCGCACAACCUGCCCACAUCCCCUCUCAACAUCUCUCCGCGUUAUCUUGUCACCAGGAUAAACGACACGAACCAUGCAAGUAUACGGUUAUUUGAGAAGCUCGGGUUCCAGAUCACGAAGAGGGUUGAGGUCUUCCAUGAGAUCGAGAUGAGGUAUCAGCAGCCGAUACCCAACGGACACAAAUGUACAAUCGAAUAA